GAGAGAGAGAGAGAGAGAGAGAGAGAGAGAGAGAGAGGGAAAACCAACAGGCAAGCAUCAGAUAGAACCAGUGAGGAAGCAAGAGAGUACCAGGCUGCAGGACAGAGAGAGAGUGUGAGUGAGAGAGAGAGCGGAACAGAGGGAAACAGCCGGAGAAAUUGAGUGAUAGAGAUAGCUAGAAGAUGGAGGUGCAGUCAGAAUGUGUGGAACCUCCUCCACCUCCUCCUUCUGUUCCCCCAUGCGACCCCCAACCGCCAGGGAAGAUCAACAAAGCAGCCUUAAAGCUGUUUGGAAAACGACGCUCCAGCUCCGGAAUGGCCAGAUUCUUCUCCUUCAGGAACAAAGAAGCCAAUGGGAAUGGGAAUUCCGAGAAUGGGAAUUCUGUGAAUGGGAAUUCUGCGGGGACGGCUAACGAGCUCGUCAGGAGUAAAACGCAUGAUGGACUAACAAGCUCGGAGACAGAUGGACAGAGAGGGGAGGAGUCCGGAAUAUCAGAGGCGGGACAGGUGAGGUCUCUCAGCAAAUCACUGAGCUUCUUUUCGCUGCUCAGACGAGGAAGUAUGAGAGCUGAUGAGAAUACAGGGUUUGGAAGCAGGGGGAGGGGUUUAAAAGGCUUCUUUAGUAGUAUAAGGUGGCGGCGGAAGGAGAGAGUGACGGAGGGAGAGGUGGGGGUAACUGAGGGGAGGGAGGUGAGAGAGGGGGAUGUGAUUCUAAAGGAGGAAGUGAAAGAUGUCACUCUGACGCUUGAACCCCAGCCCCGCUCACCCCAGGAGGAUAAUGGGAGCUUGGAGGCUGAGCUAAACACAGAAUCAGCGGGAACUUCUUCCGCAGACAACGCCACAACACCACUCACGCACUCUACUGCCAUGACGACAAACCUGUCAGAAUUCCCCUAUACACCAUCCCCUUCCCCUCUUCACACUGCCUUUCACUCAAGACCCAAAACGUCCAUUUCCUCAGCAACGGCCACCCCUCCUCUGGAUCGGUGUGACCCCACCUCUGAACCCUCAGUGGACCGGCUCUGUUCACUCCUCUUCACUGACGUCACCUCGCUCAAGAGCUUUGAUUCGCUGACGGGAUGCGGUGAUAUCAUUGCAGACGCAGAGGAGGAGGUGGCAGGAAACGUGGGAGGAGGAAAUGGAGGAGGAGGAAGUGUCACCAGUAGUAGCAGUAGCAGUGGGGGAGGGGUAGUACGCAGCUCCCCAGCUAAAUCCUCCAUUACUAACCAUGUCACCCCUUCCAGCAUUACCCCUACCCCCACUUCAGCCCCUGCCCCCCUCCCAGCCAGGGCACGGCUGAUGCCCUCUCACUCUGCCCCGAUUCAGCAGCCCGCUGGCAGCGGCGUGGUGGCCUACAUGGGGGGUGGCGAGGAGAUGGCCAGCCCUGACGGGGUGGACGACGCAGACAUGCAGGGGCUCUGGCACAUGCUCCCCUCUGGGGGAGAGAACUCCCCCGCCCUCCCCCGACCCAGCUCUCACCCAGCUCCCCCCAGGGGUACAGAGCGGAAACCCCCCCAGGUCAAGUCUCUGGGACUCAGCAAGAUCCCUUUAGUGGGGGGAGGAAGGAUGAGUAAACUACCCACUCAUGCUGCCCGUCAAACCUCCUUGCCCAAUGAGAAGGACACUAAGGAGGAGGUCCAGCCCCAACAGGAUGUCCCGGCCCUUAGAGAUGAGGGCUAUUGGGAUACGCCCUCGGCAACCCCCACAGCAACACCUGACGACGGCUUCCUGCGGAACCAGAGGAUUGGUUUAUCGCGUGACAGCUGCUCUGGCGACGCGCUCUACGACCUCUACAAUGAGGAAUUGGACAGAUCUGAUGAAGAGGAAGAGGAGGAAGAAGAUCUGACAAGUACUCCUUCCCUCUCCACUGACGACUACAAACGCAGCGCUCCCUCCCAGACUACUCCUCCUUCCUCUUCCUCCUCUUCAUCUUUCCGCUCGAUGAAGGGAAGCACUAGCCUCCCCCGUGAGUCCAAAAUCCCUCUUAGUGUCAGACAGAACACACCCCCCCACUCUGUGAGUCAAUCAGCUCUUUCUACUGUCCUCACAGCCACUCCUCCCUCUGAUACACCCACCCAAGCUCCUCCCCCAGCCCGGACCAGGAUCCCCGUCUCCAAGGUGCCAGUCCGUCGCCCUGGGAACAAGCCCGGCAACGCUACACGAGGGCCAGCCCCCAGGAAGUAAGUCUGGACCAGGCAGCCGUGGACUUUGGUGUCUUUGGUUAGAACUAGACAACAUCACUGGACUGGUGUGUAUGACAUUGCCAGACUGAUUUAUUGUGAAAUGCAUCAGACAAUGAUAAAGACUUGAAAGAGAGUGAUAGGAGCUCUAAACAACACUUCCAUUGAUCCUGGUGGGUCACGCCCCCCCAAAAGUUGAAGUUAAACAAAAAAUCUACAUCACUGGACUUGUGUGUAUGGGACACUUUUAAAGACUUCAAGUGGGUGAGGGGAGGGCAUUUCAAAGUUUGGGAUCCACUUUUUCGACAACUCUCAGCGCUUUUGAAUAUUUAAACAAUGGUCACAGAAUUAAUCUGCACUGCACACCACUAGGAAUGUCUAGAGAAGCUUUUCUUCUUCUCUUCAAGUCCUUGUUUCUAAAACACAGAUCUUUAUAUGAUACCACGUGUUAAAUCUAAUGACGGCCUAAUCAAAUUAAACAGUUUGUAAUAAUCUAAUCGUUAACGAAUUACCUCCUAAUCCCAGACUACAAUCACAGUCUCAAUCCUCAUCUACAUAUUUUUUAUGCCAUUUAGCAGGCGCUUUUAUCCAAAGCGACUUACAGUCAUGUGUGCAAUUAUUUCUACGUAUGGGUGGUCCUGGGAAUCAAACCCACUAUUCUGGCAUUACAAGCACCAUGCUCAACCAGCUGAGCUACAGAGGAGCAAUACAGGACUAUUAAAGGCCCAGUGCACUACUUUUGUGAUUUAAAAAAAAUAUUUUUGUACUUUUCUUCAGCACCCUACUUCCCGUGGCAAUGUGGGGUGUACUGUUGACUGUUCUUCUCCCAGUUCUAAAGUACCAGUGGAUAACAGUGGUGACAACAUUGCUAAAAAACAAUCAGAAAGCAUUUAUAAAUGUAUUUUUACGAAGGUGUACAUGGAGAUCACCGGAUACAACACAUCACCUUGCCAGAAAACUUAAUCAUCCUAAGUGAAUGACAAACACACACAUUCUCCUCUGGACCAGAUGUACUCCACCACUCAAAUGAGCAACUACUGUACUGUGAUGACCUCGCACUGGAGAAACAGCAGCAGGUUCAAUCUCUCUGGGAUUAACAACUAUAACAAACCAACCAAUAAAAAACGGAAAAAGUAACGCAAUAGUGAGACACCAUUGAAUGAUGUUCCUCUACUCUACUGAACAACGACCACUGAACACUCCUCUCUUGCUGCAUGAGGUGCCUGGAACACAAGGCACUAGGUUCAGGGAACACAGUCUACACUGACACACACACACACACACACACACCACGUCAAGGACUCUCUUUCACACACACACACACACACACACACACACACACACACACACACACACACACCACCUCAAGGACUCUCUUUCACACACACACACACACACACACACACACACACACACACACACACACACACACACACACACACACACAAACACACACACACACACACACACACACACACACACACACACACACACACACACACACACACACACACACACUCACACACACACACACACACACACACACACACACCACGUCAAGGACUCUCUUUCACACACACACUCACACACACACACACACACACACACACACACACACACACACACACACACACACACACACACACACACACACACACACACACCACGUCAAGGAUUACUUUCUUCUCUGCCAGGACACAUUAAUACUACAAUGCUUUUUUCUACUGAGUAAUUUGUUCUUCACUGGUUUUCAUACUGUUUUUAUAAGAUAAUGUUUCAUGAGACACCGAAAACAACCUUCACUGCGACCCCCCCUCCCCCUACUGGGCACAAACUGGUUGAAUCAUCAGUAUUUCAACGUAAUUUGUCAAUUUAUUGUGACGUGGAAUCUACAUGGAAAAUAUCAACCUGUUGUUUUGAAAGUGAAAUUUCAACCAGAGAAUAAUGGCAUCACGGUAACCAAAUUUCAACAUAGAAAAACCAUAUGUUAUAAUCCAACAUAUCAAUUAUUAAUUUGUAGACAAACUGGAAUUAAAGCCAGAGUAAGUCAGUGGUACAGAUGGAACUAUCCAAGCAGAAGAUAAAUAUCUUUCAAAUGUUGAAAUUUGAUUGCGUUGACAAAAAAAUAAACACAAUUCAAUAUCACUUUUUAAAUACAAUAAAUAGCCUGUUAACUUGUCAACAAAUUAUAUGUUGGAUUCAUGUCUCCAACUCAACCAAAAAUAAAAGUUAAAGAAUAGGUUUAAGCCAGUGGCUCAAAUGGAACUGUCCAAUAAGUAGAUACAUCGCCUUUAAAUGCUGAUAUUUGGUUGCGUUGUCAACCAAACACAAUUCCAUAUUACUUUUGUAUACAGUAAAUCUUUCAAACUAAUUUAACAUUUUACCUUAAAAUGAGUAACACAUCCAUGGCCACAUUUUGAGGUUACUGUUAACUAUACAUUUCUUAUAUAAUCAUAUAAAGUGUGCAUGUUCAAGAUAGCAUCAUAGGUCAUUGCAGGUUUAUGGAGAUCUUUACAAUCGCUUUAAUAAUCUGCGCAGAAUCUAGAAUGGCAUUGAUCACUUACACCAUGUACUUUUAAUGUAAUCUCAACUUCAAUCCAGGUCACUUGGUUGUGCUACUAGAUGAAGCACAGUGAUAACACAUUAAUCUGUUUAAUAAAUCAACAACAUAUCUGACAUUGUAUUCUCAUUUGAACUGCUGUGCUUUGAACUGGUUGAAAGUGCAGUGAUAGGCGUUUGGGUGACAUCUAAACCAAAAAUCAGACAUUGUUUUUCCAUUGGAAUUUGAUCGUGGUUUUAGAUGUUUGAAGCAUAUUGAUAACACAUUGGAAAUUCAACUAACUUUUGUCUGUCUUUUUGAGUUGAAUAUAGGUUGUAAUCUCAUUGAUCAACGUCUCAACCAAAUAUGACACAAUUAUCCACGUUGAAAUGACCUGGUGUGCCCAAUGGGCAGGUUCUUAGCGGACAUUGUGGACCUUUGUUUCUGAUAUCUGAAGGAGGAAGGGGGUGGGGGCCAAAGUUAAUACCUGUGGCUUGUAUUCAGAAGUACACCUCAUCCCCAUCCCCAAAUCAUGGACACACACUCCUUUUCUCUCAUCCUGCUGGUGACCAAUGUUCCUCUAUAUACCAUCAGGAGUGACAGACCUACCGAAAAUGAGCAUGACGUUGCUCUUAACCCCAUGUCUACCUCCCUGUCUGUCUGUCAGUCGGUCGGUCUAUCCAUCUGUCGGUCUGUUCCUGAGUUUUAGAAGUGGGUAUAAGGGAUGUUGAUUGGACCCACUAGCUUGGGGAGCAGUUCUGAGAAAUCCUAACAGACAGUCGAAGAGAGGAGAGUGUAAAGGUGGAGCACAGUUUUAAAAAUAGUCUGGAUGUUUUUCUAUGUUUUGCUUUCCUUCUCUCUGUUCACCACUUUAUCCUUAAUCUGGGCAACAAGUUGCAUUACAGUGGAAAGCAUUAUCCAUCAUUUUUACUGUUUUAUCUUCCUGUCUGUCUUUCUUUCUCUCUGUUAAUGGUGUGAAUGUCUUUGUUUUCUUUCCUGUUUAUAUAUUUAAUGAAUAAAACCCUGUGUUUGUGCUAAUA